AUGAAUUUAGAGGAAAACUUGGAAUAUGAGAAUUUAGAAGAAGAUUUAUCAGAUAAGAACGAAACUUUUUGCAGUGAAUAUGAGAAUUACAGUGAAUAUAAGAGUUUAAGUAAUGUAAAAAAUAAUGAAUCUUUAUUUGAAUUAGAUUUCAAUAUAUUCACAAAUACAAAAUUAUUGGCUCAACAAAAUAUUUUGAAGGAUGACGAUCAGGGAGAUAUAAGUGAUGUAGGAAAAGCAAUUGGAUUUUGA